CAACAUCCCACUCUAGGACGAUAUGGAGAAUGCUUGAUUCGCAGGUGACCUCCUUCGCGAUAGGCUGCCUGGCCGUGUUCCUGUCUGGGCUGGACUGUAUUCCUGCCAUCAAAAGUAUUACCAGUCGAGUCGCGCGCCAGGCGGCUCGGGAAGAUGAGCAAUCACUGGCCAAGGCCGCCUAUCGCGAUGAAGACGGCGAAGCAACCGAGGAGUCGCUGCGAGCUUUCUCGGAUAAAUGGCAACGGGUCUCAAUUGUCGUAUCUUCCUUUAGCGGGCUCUUAGUAACUCUGGCUUUGGCCGUUAUCACAACGUUGAAAUACAGUACCGACUACACAGCGCUCGUAUGGCUGCAAUUCAGUGUCUGGGUCUUUCUGUCUAGUCAAGCGGUUGUCUUCUUCACAGAGCCGCGCCCGACACGCCGGUUCGACCACGCCUUCUAUGCACUAUGGGGCAGUUUCAUUGCUGUAGCACUUCCCUGUGCGCAUAUCGCGCUGGCAUCUUAUGACGGCAAAGCACUUCCUCAUGACCGCGCCUGGGUCGUUCUGACGAUCCUUGCCCUCUUGCGAGCCUUGUACUGCAUCAUCCUACCGCGCCGGCCGGACGUAUAUUUCGAGGGCCAACUGGUGGACCAGCAAUUCACCGUCUCCGUGCUCAGCCGAUUCACCUUUACGUGGGCGGGCACCCUCCUUCAGUAUGCAGUCAAAAACAGGAAACUGGAUCCCGGCAGCCUUCCAAAGUUGCCGUUACCCACACGCGCACACAUUCUGCGAGCUAACUUUGAGCGAGCAAUUGGGUCGCGAAAGAUCUGGAAAGCGAUCAUAUUUGCUCACCUCAAGCCUAUUAUCCUGCAGAUGAUGUUGACUAUAGUAACCUGCAUUUUGAGUUUAGGUCCACAGGUCGCUUUGUAUAACAUUUUGAACUCAAUGGAAGCUCGUGGGACGGAUUCGUGGGCUGCUCUCCAGUCUUGGUUUUGGGUACUCGCCUUGGGCAUCCUGAUACUGGCUGCUUCCAGCGUGGAGUCAUGGCUGUUCUGGGUGAGAUGCUACUAUCUUGGUCUUCCCAUCUAUCAAGCACUAUCCGCCACGAUCUUUGCCAAGUCUAUGCGAAGAAAAGAUGCCAAGCAUACGAAGAAAUCCAAAGAUGCGGAUACACCUGACGCCUCGUCAAAGGUACUGUUGAAAGAGGAGGAAGAGGAAGACGACGAAGAGGCCUUGAAGAAGAACCGACAGAGCAUCAUUAAUCUCGUUGCCGUGGACGCCAGGCGGAUUUCUGACUUUGCUACGUUUAGUUAUCUCAUCCCUCUUGCGAUAAUGAAAGUACUUCUGGGCUGCGGCUUCUUAAUCAAGAUUCUUGGAUGGCGCAGCGCCCUUGCAGGUCUGGGUGUUUCGGUUCUCAUCACGCCUUUUAAUAUCUACGCUGCCAAGAAGUAUACCAGUGCCCAGGACCGACUGAUGAAGGCCCGAGACCAGAAGAUGGCCGUUGUGACAGAGGUGCUCCAGGGUAUCCGGCAGAUUAAGUUCUCCGCUCUAGAGAAGCAGUGGCAGAAUCGGAUUGCGGAAGUGCGCGAGACAGAGCUGAUAGCUUUGUGGACCGCGUUCCUCUAUAAUAUCGGCCUGAUCUCGAUCUGGAUUCUCGGGCCUGUGGGGCUGUCAGCUAUAUCUCUCACAGUGUAUGCUAUGAUUCAUGGUGGCCUCGAGGCGUCUGUGGCUUUCACAGCCAUGUCGGUCUUCGGUUCCCUGGAAUUAUCGCUGGCUAUCGUCCCAGAAAUGAUGGCCAACGGCCUGGAAGCCAUGGUCAGCGCAGACCGUAUUGACAAGUACAUGAGGACCCCCGAUAAAAUCAUUAACACUGUCCCUGCUGAGAAUAUCGCCUUUGAGAAUGCCACGGUGGCCUGGCCCGCAGAUCAGACAGAGGGCCAGGCAAGUGAUGAGGACCGGUUUACUCUUCGUAAUUUGGAUGUGGCUUUCCCCACGAAGGGCCUCAGUGUGGUGUCCGGUCGAACUGGAUCUGGAAAAAGUCUACUGCUUUCAUCUCUAUUAGGGGAAUGUGACGUUCUUGAGGGGACUAUCAAAGUCCCCGUUCCACCUCCUAUCAGUGACCGUUUCGAUCACUUGGCGACCCCAAGCAACUGGAUCAUCGACUCUGCCAUUGCAUAUGUUGCCCAGAUUCCGUGGGUUGAAAAUGCAACGAUCAAAGAUAACAUCCUGUUCGGGCUGGAAUUCGAAGAAGAGCGCUAUCGGAAGGUGCUAUUCGCAUGUGCAUUGCAAAAAGAUUUCGAUAUGCUUCCCGAUGGCGAACUGACGGAUAUCGGUGCCAAUGGUGUCAACCUGAGCGGUGGCCAGCGAUGGCGCGUAUCGUUCGCACGAGCAUUGUAUUCUCGCGCUGGGAUUCUCAUUAUGGACGAUAUUUUCAGCGCCUUAGAUGCGCACACGGGCCGCCAUGUCUAUGAGCAUGCCCUUACUGGAGAUCUCGGUCAAAACCGCACCCGAAUUCUGGUUACUCAUCAUGUCGCUCUGUGUCUUCCUCGUACGGACUACUCGGUGCUACUGGAGAACGGCCGUGUCAAGUAUGCGGGUACUAUCGACGAGCUCACUAAGUCCAAUCACCUGGAAGAUAUCUUGCGCGAAGAAAAUGCUGCGGAAGAGGAGGACCAUGUGGCUGACAAGGUCGACGAGGUUCUCAAUGACGAGGAAACAAACCUUCACAAGGCUAUAUCGAAUACCCCUCAUCAGCAUCCGAGUACGGGAACAAUUGGUGCUUUUGCUGAGCCCACGAAAAUCAAACCCCCCAAGAAGUUUAUUGAGGAGGAGAGGCGCGAGACUGGCCGGGUUAAGCUAUCCGUGUACGCGGCUUAUCUUUCCAAGGGUGGCCAUUGGACGUAUUGGCUGCUAGCGUGUGUGGUCUAUCUCAGCAAUUCUAUGCUCGUGAUAGGGCGAGCUUGGUGGGUCAAUAUCUGGACUAGUUCUUCAUCCAGCACCCAGGCGCAUCCCGAGCUGUUCCCUGCUCUCUUGCAGCAUUCAAUGAAUAGAACAAUACCAGCUCAUCAAGACGAUGACCUCGCGAUGUAUCUAAGCGUGUAUGUCGGUAUUUCAGUCCUGUCCUGUGUUAUUGGAACAGCCCGAUACUAUUUCACGCUCAACGCUGCCGUCAAGGGAGCGAGAGGCCUGUUCAAUGGGCUAGUUUACGCCGUGCUUCGCGCUCCGCUCCGAUGGCUUGAUACUGUUCCCCUUGGACGAAUUCUCAACAGAUUCACCGCAGACUUCCACAUGAUUGACUCCAGACUGGGAUACGAUAUCGGAUUCACAGCUAGCAAGGUCCUGGAGGUGCUCGGAAUCCUGGUAGCCGGGGUUCUCGUCUCGCCCGUGGUGGCUAUCUUUGCCAUGGCCCUUCUUUUAGUCUCCCUAAAGGUGGCUAUGACCUACUUUCCCGGGGCACGAGAGAUUAAGCGUAUCGAGUCAGUCUCCAAGAGCCCCGUGUUUGAGCAAUUCGGGUCGAGUCUAGCGGGAUUAGUAACCAUCCGCGCCUUCAGCAAGAGUGAUACUUACAUCGGAAUUAUCUACAACAAAAUCAAUGGCCAUGCCCAGGCCUGGUGUAAUAUGUGGCUGUUCAACCGCUGGCUUGGGUUCCGCAUGAGCCUCAUUGGCGCCAUAUUCGCAACUUUCACCGCUGCCCUUGUGGUUUAUGUGCCCGGCAUCACGGCCUCUCUCGCAGGAUUUGCGCUCAGCUUUGCCCUACAAUUUAACUCUGCAGUCUCAAUGGCGCUACGCCAAUAUGCUAGUACCGAGCUGAACAUGAACGCUACCGAGCGUGUUAUCGAGUACUCCAAUAUCGAGCUUGAAAAUCAGGGAGGCGCCGAUGCACCUGCCGCCUGGCCCACAGAAGGACGACUAGAAGUAAACAACCUGGUGGUUGGGUAUGCGCCAGAUCAGCCUCCCGUGCUGAAUGGACUAAGUUUCGCCAUCGAGAAAAACCAGCGCGUCGGCGUCGUCGGCCGCACGGGUGCCGGCAAGUCUUCGUUGACUCUUGCACUGUUCCGUUUUCUUGAAGCGCGCGAAGGCCAAAUCCUGAUUGACGGCCUCGACGUGGCUAAGAUCAAGCUUCAUGAUCUGCGCAGCCGGUUGGCCAUCAUUCCGCAAGACCCAGUCCUUUUUUCCGGGACAAUUCGCUCAAACUUGGACCCGUUCAGCGAAUACAAUGACCAAGACCUGUAUGACGCAUUGACACGCGUACACUUGAUUUCUGACGAUGACGAUAUUCUCAGUACGCAUUCUACUACGUCGCAGCACCAAGAGAGCACCGGUGCAACGACCCCAGACACAGCGACAGCGACAGCAACCGCCAACGCUAAUAUCUUUACCUCUCUCAGUGCCACAAUCUCUGAGGGCGGUCUCAAUCUCUCACAGGGACAGCGGCAACUCCUGUGCCUUGCCCGGGCUAUCGUCUCGCGUCCCAAGAUCAUGGUGCUAGACGAAGCCACCUCUGCCGUCGACAUGGACACCGAUGCCCUGAUCCAACAGUCUAUUCGCACGGAGUUUGGACGCAACGCCACCACACUACUGGUUAUCGCGCACCGAUUAAGUACUAUUGCGGAUUUCGACCAGAUUCUCGUGAUGGAUGCUGGCAAGGCGGUCGAAUUUGGUCCUCCGAAGGACUUGAUGGGUAUCAAUGGGGGGUUGUUUAAGAAUCUGGUAGAGAACAGUGGGGAGAAGGAUGUGCUAGAGAAGAUGAUUUUCGGAUAAAAAGAAAAGUCAAGAUUUAUCUGCUUGUUUAUCUAUGUAUAGAUUCAUAUUUACAUCAAUAUUGAACAUCUCGGAUACCGAGAAUGAUGUCAUUAUUGUAUUUUCUGUAAAAUCAUACUGGAGGACUAUAGCAUGAUAGCAUGAAAGGUGUCCGUCAACACAGCUCGCCGAUUUGGCGUUCCG